AUGUAUUCAAUCAAUUCAAUUGCAACUUCGAAUAUGGAAUUCAAAGGUUACGAGGAAAUUAUUAUGAAUCCAAUUAUUUCUUCCGCUUUUGUUAUUGUUGUUGGAUUGGUCGUAGGGCUUGCUUUUAUUGGACCUGGGUUUUGUCAAGGCACUGUCGCAGGGCAAGCUGUAGAGGGGAUUGCACGACAACUAGAGGCAGAGGGAAAAAUACGGGAUACUUUAUUACUUAGUCUGGCUUUUAUGGAAGCUUUAACAAUUUAUGGGCUGGUUGUAGCAUUAGCGCUUUUAUUUGCUAAUCCUUUUGUUUAA